UCAGAAACAGACUUCUCCUCCCUCCUGGCACCUGGCUCACUGACCUCCGCCGAGAUGUCCUGCCAGCAGAACCAGCAGCAAUGCCAGCGCCCUCCCAAGUGCCCCUCCCCCAAGUGCCCCCCAAAGAGCUCAGCACGGUGUCUGCCUCCAACCUCCUCAGGCUGCGCCCCCAGCUCCGAGGGCGGCUGCUGCCUGGGCUCCCACAGGCGCCGCAGGUCCCACCGCUGCCGGCGCCAGAGCUCCGACUCCUGCGAUGGUGAUACUGGUCUGCAGUCCGGGCGCUCUGGCUGUGGCCAGGGAUCUGGAGGCUGCUGCUGACCUGGCCUCCUGAUAUUGACACAUGUGAUUUCAGAGGAUACAAGAACCCAAGGGCCAAGGAAAAGCCCCACCCUGAGGCAUCCUAGCCCCACCCUGAGGCAUCCUUUCCUGGACACCCCAUUCUCAUUUGCCCAGACUGAGCCAGGAGAUGUUCCCAUGCAGAAUUUGGAGCUCUCUCUGGAGAGCUCUUUCUGUCUCAUCUCCAGGAUCUCACAGGUCCCCACCUCCUGCACCUGCUGAUGAUCAGCAGAGCCUGUGCCUGACCCUGUGAGAAAAAUAAAGCUUUUCUUCCUCAUUUC